AUGGACCAACACAUCGAGGAUGUGCCGAUGCCGUUGGCGAUCGGGGGUUUGGUUGCAGGCGGCCCUCCAGAUGCAAACGGCGAUGAUCACAUUGCCGUGCCGCCGCCUCUGGCGCUUCCAGCGCCAGCGCCCCCUGCCCGCCUCGAUCUCAAGAGAAGGACGCCCGAGCUCAUGAGCCACGCUCGUUCCAAGAAGAUGUUGUUGUGCGCCCAGAGCCGCGAGUCGAAGCUCCGCCAAGACUUUGAACAGCUCAAAGGGGACAUGCACACGGCUUGUACGUUGAUCCCUGCAUGCGCCCAAUUGUUCGGGCGGCCCGUGAAACACGUCGGCAAGAUCAAAAAGGACGACCUCCGACCAGCACGUUUCACUUUCUUGAGCAGGAUUGUCUUUGCCAGACGCCUGGGCACGCUGAACAUUUGCAUCGACAUUCGGCGGUUGGUGUGCGCCGCAGCCCGCGUGAUCAAGGCCAGACAGGAUGAUGGCGUGGAGCACGUCCUCCGCGGCGGUGAGAAGGCUUUGCAGCAUCCAGGUGCCAGCAAUCGGUUCGUCCACAUGUCAUAUGCUCAUUUGUGGGACGAGGUCAACUGCAAGUUCGCAGCAUAUCCGAAGAUGGGGUGCCGCCGCAGGAAGACAACCACGAGCAUUCAGACUAUCUGCCAGCGAGGUUGCGCCAGGCUGACCCUGGCCAACCACAUCAACGACGAGAGCGCGAUCAGCCGAUCGUUCUGCGAGCAGAUCCUUGUCAACCCGAUGAAGGUGAGCGGCACUUCAGCCAAUGCGAUCCUACCCGCUGUGUUGAAGGCAAUCCCGCGGCCAUUCCAGUUCAACGCCGUGGAGAAUAUUGAUCGGUUGUUGCGUUCGUUCUCGUCCUUCACGAUGUCUCUGACUGGUGACAAGGCGUCUGGGAACAUCCUCUUGAUGAAACAAUUCUGUCACCAAUGGGAAACGAUGGUGCUUCCGCGCAGCAGUGGUCGGCUUCUUGCGUUCCCAGAGACGUGUGGCGUGCACUUAGAACAUCGCACAAAAUUGCAAGUUGUACCGCUCAAGCACCACACAAUGCGCCUCUUCAGCUUAGCCAACUUGCUUCGCCUUGACGGUGUGCGGACCAGCAUAUGCGAGUCGAUCGAAGUGUUGGUGCAGAAGAUGCUCAAGCGACGGGUCCUCGGCCCGCCGCCAGACGGCAUUGCCUGCCCGCUGUCCAAGUGCUUCAAUGUUCUCUUCCGCCCAGAUGCGGACCACCACAAGCGCGCCAACGGCAAGGUGUCUCGCAGGGUGCAGGACCUGGGUGAAUGGAUGAGAAUGGUCAACGGGGAUCUCCACGGAGAUUGGGUGCAUUAUUGCUGGGACGAGUCAACUGGCAGGCCGUGUUGCAGGGACGCCGACACUUGCUACGACAGAACAGUUCGUUCGGUCACGAAUGCGCUGUAUGGCGGCGGGGACCCUAUUCCAGCAGAAAGCAGAUGGACGCACACCUUGGUCAAUAUGAAACAGUUGCUGCUGAGGCGAAUCGUGUGCAAUAUCGGCGUGAAGGCGUUCCCGUGUUCGAUCAGAAAACCUGGCGCCGCCAGCGAGAUGCCGCAAUCCGCCGACGGCGAGGCAUGUCAAUCGCACGUCGCUGAGGUGAAUGCGUCGCGGCUGUCACGGGAGCUCGGCGUGUACGCGUACGGCGUGAAGCACCGCUUCAACACCGUGCCUCUGCUGAUGAGUGAGGCGUGCAGGAAAACAUUGCUGGCUGAUUUUCGCACGUUCGGAUUCUCCACCGACGUCAUCGAGAGGCUCAACGCGGAGAUUCAGGCUGGUCGAGUGCAUCGUGCGCCAGGUCGCGUCUUCGGCGGGGCGUCCAGGGAGCAGCUGCUGCAGCAGGCACUCGCCGUGCACAAGAAAUGCGGUGGCGUCGACCCGUUGAGCAUGAAGCGAGAUGCAGCCCUGAAGUCGUCGGACCUUCGAGUGCAGGUGCAGCCACUCAUUGCCGCUGCUCGGCCUGAGUUUCUUCCAAUUGCAGGUGGGCCCGAUGGCGCUGCUGCGAGCGCCGCGGCGCCUGAGCCCGUGGCCGUCGACCGCCCCGUGGAGAUCGCGCUGGCGAACGCCUCCAUCCUGCCGGGCGCGAGGGCGGUGGGGGCUGGCGGGGCCGAUGGCGGCGGCGGGCCACCUGGCGACGGCGACGGCGGCGGACCUCUGCCACCCCGUCGGCGCGGAUUGAGCCCGUACAUGCUGGAAUUGAACAAGACGUUGGCGAGUCUGAAGAGGGCGAAGGGCUCCGCCUUGACGCCCGAGGAGCUGAGCACGGCUCGCAGCAGGUUCAGGGAACAGUGGCAGCUCAUGAAUCAUGACGCUCACCACGAGGCCUUCGAGGAUUGGCAGAACACGCCUGCAGAGAUGGUGCCCGCUGAUGCCCAGGAGUUCUACGAGUGGCAUCAAUUGCACGGUUGGCCGACCAAGGACAUGCGGGUGUACAAUUUUGCAAACUUCACGGAAGACUUCGAGUGCGAUGCUGCCGACGACCUGGUCGUCCGCGCUGAGCCCAUCCCUGACCUUCCAGACUUCAGCCUGUGGGGCUGCGGCAGAGCGAAUGCCCACAGCGACGUGCUACACACGCCGUGUCUUGUGGAGAUCGAUGUUCAGAACUGUAGGAGCGCUGGUCGAUUUCGUUGUAUUGGCUAUGAAUCUUCAGAUCACUUUGUACUGAAGUUGGUUCGGAACCUGAUCGACAUGGAUUUGUACUUAGUGGAUUACGACGUGGAUGUCGAUGUUGAUAACAGUCUGAAGUGGAGCAGGAUCUCAGCUGUGCACAUGCAGGGUGAGCUGUGGAGGGCGGGGAUGACGCGCCCGUUCGGGUACCAGAGCCCCAGCAGCCGUGGGCCUUCUGCGUCCGACCUGGGGAGGCUGAACACCAGCGACCCCUUCGAGACGCCUCCUGGGCGCGGUGUUGGGCGCGGCGCUGGGCGCGGCGCUGGGCGCGGCGCUGGGCGCGGCGGCCGCCGCGGAGGGGGCGCAGGCAGAGGCCGCGGCCACGGAGCCGUAGAUGGCGAGGGUCUCGGCGGCGGCCCCGACGCCCACGGCGACGUCGACGACGUUGACAUGCCGCCGUUGGUCGACGACUUGCUACCAGCUGGCGCGGCGAUUGGCGAGGAGAUGGACAUGCUGGAACACGAGGCCGAGGAUGCCGACCUCGACGGCAUGGAGGAGCUGGGCGACACGUUCGGCUUGGAGGACGGCGUCAUCGAGGGGCACCCCCCAGGACUGGUCGGCGAGGGCGGCGGGGACUUGGACGAGCAUGGCGAUGCUCGCGGUGCUGAGCUUCUUGGGGUACCAGCUGAAGUACCCGAUGAGAUCGCAGCUGGAGCGGCAGACGGCGCUGCUGACGUCGGCCUGGAGCCUGAGCCUGGCGAGGCCGAGCGGAACAAGUACCACUUGAAGCAUCUCUGCACUAUGCCUCAAGUGGUCUUGAAGACCUGGCUGUUCGAGGUGCCAGCAGCAGCCCCUGGCGCGUCCGCCGAGGAGCGGCGAGAGCUCAUGCAGCGGCACGCGCAGCUGGCCAAGGACAGGUGGUACGUGAACAAGAAGGUGCACAGCCACAACUCGAGUAGCCCGACUCCAGGCCAUCCAGAGGGUGUGACAUUGUACUUGAAGAGUAUUCAGCCGGGUGACGCCCUCCUUAAGAGUCUCAGUGACUUCAUCUCCACGCCCACCUUCAAGGCUCAGCGGAUCGAGACGGGUGGCUUCGGUGAAAUAACUGUCCAGAUCCCGGGCAUGACUUGCUAUACGGACAGCUUUGGCUUCGUCUCCAUUGCAGGGAACCACUUUUUCCUUUACGUCAGGCGUGAUGGCUCGGAGGACAGUCUGUCGGGGAAGCUGUGGGCCAUCAAGGGCGUCAUGAAGGUCGUGUCAAAAGAGGAGGGGGCGGUGGUCCUCCACUUCCCGUCGAAGGUCGAGGUUGCGUGUCCCGAGAGCAGUCUGAUGUACCCCGGUCCUCAGGCUUAUUCUGCCAUGAGCCCCAUGGCCGACAGCUUUGCCUGGCGCCACGCUGGGCAGCUCGGUGCGGGUGACCACGGCGCCUUCGUCUACAAGACAAAGGCGGAGUGCUUCCGCUUGGACAUGGACGGCACGGGCACCAUGCCGUGCGCCGAGCGGGCGCCGUUUCGGGAUAUGUACAACGGCCCCCCGAAGCAGAAGAAGCGUGUCUUGGUCGUCAUCGACGUGCAGGGCGGGUACGAUGCCGCAAUCGUAGCGAACGCGUCAGGCAAAGGUGGGCUCACUUACAUCAAUCAGGAACACGACGUGGACCAAAGCUACGCGUUGGGCGCAUGGAACGCCAACCACACCAUGAAGCCUGUCACGAAGUUCGAGCCUGGCAAAAAACAGAUUUCGUACAACAAGGGUUGGAACACUGGAUUGCCAACGGCUGUCAUCGGACCAGUGGUGAACCGCAUCAACGAAUUGGUUGAGACAGUGGAUUGGGACCUCGUCUUGUACACGCAUGACUAUCUCGAUCCCGAGGCAAAAGGCGUGUUCCCCCUCGAUAACAAACCGUGGUCGGACCCGAACAAGGAGGUUGCGCUCGUGCCGUACGGCGAAUUCCUCACGCUUGCGGCCAAGGGAGCAGGGACAGACACGCACGACCGGUUCAUGCACAACCCCCAUUGCGCCAGACACGGCCCAGGUAUUUUCAAAGUCGGGACGAAGAAGGUCAUGUGUUUCCGGAAGCAGGUGGACGAUGCCUUCUCCGAUGAUUUGGCAGAGCGUGGGCCGAAAAACGUGGACCCGGAUGACGAUGGGAGGCAGAACCCAAUGGGGCAUCUGUUGCUCUCGCAGCUCACCGAGGCGGGUUACGGGCCCGAGCACGCUGAGUUGAGCUUCACUGGCGUGGUGACGAGUCGGUGCGUCCAGUCCUCCCUUGUCCACGCCUGCAACGUAGGCUACAAGACGGAGCUCAUCACAAGCGCGUGCGCUGACACAAGCGAAAGUGAUCACGCGAAGGGGUUGGAGGCGGUGCGGACCGGUUGUCCGUCAGCCAAGAUUUCGGAGUGA